CGGGACUUCCGGGGCUCUUACUGCCUCAGUCGGCGUCCGGCGCGUGCCUGGGGCUGUAAGGACUGAAAACCGGCGCGGCCGCGUUUCCCCGGCAGGAGCUGGAAAGGCCGGUGAGGACGCUGUAGCUCACCUCCGCGUCGGUCAGUGGACGAGCCUGACAUCCGCCCCGGGUCCUCCGUCACGGGGGUGUCUCCUGAGCGCUCGCCGGGGUCCCGAUCCGUCCCCACAGCUCUGACGCAGUAGCCUGGGCCCCUACGCCGGGGCUACUGAGGCUCGGAGAGCGAAGGUCCGCCUAGGCGUGGCCCGCCCGAGGCAGGGUCCGGGCGGCGGGCGGUGAAUCCUGGAGCCGCCUCUUUGGCCCCACGCUCUCCACAAGACCCCGCGAUGGCGGCGGCGUGGAUGGACCCGAGGCGGGUGCCUGUUACUUAUGAGGACGUGGCUGUGACUUUCACCCAGGAGGAGUGGGGGCAUCUGGGCCCCGUGCAGAGGACACUGUACUGGGAGGUGAUGCUGGAGACCUGCAGGCUCCUGGUGUCUCUGGGAUGUCCUUUGCCUGAGCCAGAGCUGAUCUCCCCAGUGGAGCCCGGCCCUGAGUCACAGACAUCAAGGAGAGGGCCCACCCCCAGCUCCUGCUCGGGUGACAACACAAAACCUGAGACCCCACAGCCUGCCCCUUCCCACCCAGCCCCAUCUGAGGAAGUCUCGCCCCAGAAACGACCAACUCAGCGGGCCUCAGGGCACUCCCAGCUGGGGCAAACCAAGGAUGUGGAUAAGCCAUUGGAGAUGCGGGAAGGUCCCCUAAGACCAGGGACAGGCCCCCAGGGGAAGGAACUCCCUGGGAAAGUAAACCCUGAUCAUCAUGGUUUAGGGACAGAUGACUGUCUGCCCUCGAGGACUGCACAGCAGCGAGUCCCUCCAGGAGACAUUCUCUAUGAACGGGAGUCACGUGGGCUGGUGAAAGGACCCCUGACUCAUGAAGGGAACUUUCCCUGUAAGUGUGGGGAAUGUGGGAAAGCUUUUAACACACAUGGCUUCCUUCUUCGACACGAGCAGCUUCACUCUGGAGUGAAGCCCUAUGGAUGCACAGAGUAUGGGAGAGCCUUCAGCAAGAGCACACACCUCCUCCAGCACCACCUGAUCCCCACCAGGGAGAAGCCCUAUGAGUGCAGUGAGUGUGGGAAGGCCUUCCAGCACAGGUCACAGCUCACAACACACCAACGGAUCCACACCAGGGAGAAGCCCUAUGAGUGCAGUGAGUGUGGGAAGGCCUUCCACCGCAGGUCACAGCUCACCACGCAUCAGCUGAUCCCCACCAAGGAGAAGCCCUAUGAGUGCAGUGAGUGUGGGAAGGCCUUCCACCGCAGGUCACAGCUCACCACGCAUCAGCUGAUCCAUACCGGGGAGAAGCCCUAUGAGUGCAGUGAGUGUGGGAAGGCCUUCCACCGCAGGUCACAGCUCACCACGCAUCAGCUGAUCCACACUGGGGAGAAGCCCUACAAGUGCCUCGAGUGCGGGAAGGCCUUCUACCGCAAGUCAUACCUCAAGGAGCACCAGCGGACCCACACCGGGGAGAAGCCUUAUGUGUGCACCGAGUGUGGAAGGGCCUUCGUCUACUGCUCCACUUUCAUCUUGCAUAAAAGGGCCCACACUGGAGAGAAACCCUAUGGAUGCAAAGAAUGUGGGAAGGCCUUUAGCAGUCGGUCAAGCCUUAGCCGGCACUUCACCAUCCACAGUGAAGAGAAGCCCUACAAGUGCACGGAGUGUGGGAAAGCCUUCAACCGCAGAGCAUACCUCAACAGCCACCAGCGGAUUCACAGUGGAGAGAAGCCCUACAAAUGCGUGGAGUGUAGGAAGACCUUCUGGUGGAGCUCAAGCCUUGUUCGACACUCCAUCAUCCACACUGGAGAGAAGCCAUGUGAGUGAAGGUGAGGAGGACAGUAUAACUGUGCAACCUUCCCAGAUGAAUCCCAGUUCUUCCCUCUGAGUCUUCCUUAGGCUUCACAAACACUUCAGUGAUUUUCUAGAGGUUGAAUUGCAGCCACAACAGAACAAAACACACAGCUAAACUAAGCUAAAUGAUAGCACUACAUUCAGAGAAGAAAUCUCAUUUUUAAUCUUACAAAAGAUGGUGUGAAGACUCACUGUCAAGUAGAGUGACUAGAAUUUUGCCGAUUGAAGUGAGCUUGUGUUAGUACACGUACAGGUGAGCUCCACAAGCGUCGCCUUGCUUAGUCCCGUGUAAGCACCAGUGACUGAUAUCAUUUGUCAGGGCAUUGUGAGAUUCCUUCCUUUUAUUUUUUUAAGCAACAUGUGAUAGUAUUAUUACCUCACAUUAAGAAAUAUACUGUACAGAAAGACAUAAAAAUAAUCAUGUAUUCACUCUGAACGCUUCUCAGGGCUUGUCAAAUGACUACAUGUCUAGUUUUGUAUGGCCAUUGUAGGCCAUGUCAUUUCUGUUGUGUUAAUCUAUGGCGUUAUUGUGAAGGCCACUCUUCAUGCUUGUCUAAGAAGUCCAGCAAGCUCUAGGUGCUUAAAUCUCUGAUACAUGUUGAGUUACUUUUUGUGUUAACCAUGUGCAGUUUAGGUUGUGUUUUUCUUGCCUAAGGGUGUUUGGUUGUUCUGGCACAUUUGAAUAGUUGAAAAGACUAUCCUGCCUCUAUUGAAUUGAACUUAGUGGAAAAAAAAAAAAUCUGUUGGGCAUAUUAAUUUUUGGACUGUUUCUGAGUUCUUUAUCUUAUCCUACUGAUCUGUGUAUUUAAACCUCUGUCAAUACAUUAUCUUGAAUACUGUAGCUAUCAUUAAAUCUUAAAAUUGGAUAAAGUA